AUGCCAACAAAACGCAAAGGGGCUGAUUUGAACCGUAAUACAAGUAAAUCUCGAAGCUUGCGAAAUAGAAGAUCCGAAAGAACCGAAGAACAAAUCCAGCAACAAAAUACUGAUGCACGUGUCAGAAUGGCGCAAUUGCGUCAAGAAGAGUCAGAAGACACACGAGCUGAACGCAAUGAAGUAAUAAGAUUAGAACAACGACAAUCACGCCGUUUCACAGUCAAUAGACGCAGAACAAAUGACCAACAACGACAACAGGUACAUCGAGCAUUUACAUCUGAUUCAUUCCUGCGUCUAGCAUUCCAGUAUGAGCCCGAUAUUGAAUAUUAUGCUCAUUCAAAAGUGGUAAUUGAUGCUAUGGACAAGGAAUGUCCGCAUUGUCAUGCUCUGAAAUUCAAAAAUGAGCCAGCUGGGGUGUAUUGCGCGUCAGGAAAAGUGCAACUACCUGAAAUUGAAACACCAUCUGAACCAUUGAACGGUUUACUUAUCGGCACGGAUCCAGAUUCUAACGUGUUCCUGAAGUCAAUUCGAACAUUCAAUUCAUGCUUUCAAAUGACAUCGUUCGAAGCAACAGAAAUAGUUCGAAAUACUAAUGCAACUGGUCAACAAUACAGUUCUACAUUCAAAAUCAGAGGCCAAGUUUAUCAUAAAAUGGGCUCACUGCUGCCAAUGCCAAACGAACCACAUACAUUUUUACAAAUCUACUUCAUGGGCGGCGAGGAUUCCGGAAGCGCACUUGCCAAUCGCGUGAAUGCACGUUGUGAUUAUAAUAACCUUGAUUCAUUUUAUGCCAGACGCAUCGUCAGCGAGCUGGAUGCUCUAUUGAAUGAGCACAACGAAUUGUUGAAAAUAUUCAAAUCACACAUGCACAAAUUACAAAGCGAUAAUCACGCUAUCGUCAUUAAUUCUGAUAAAACACCAGCUAGAGAGCAUAUUCGUAGAUUCAAUGCACCCGUUGUUGAUGAUGUUGCUGGAAUCAUGGUUGGCAACAAAUCCCAAGGUCAAACGAUGUCUAUUUGUGGCUUAGAUUUGAGAACACCAUGUUUUUCACACGGACAAUUAUACGUGGCAUGUUCUCGAGUGGGUAAACCAUCCAGUUUGUUUGUGUUAGCUAAAAAUGGACUAACAAAAAAUAUUGUUCACGCUAUAGCAUUAAGAGAUUGAUAUUUUUAAGGAAUAAAUUAUAAUAACUUAAAAAUAAUGUUUGCCUUUUGUUAUUUUUAUAUUCCCUCAUCAUUCACAGCACUCCAUGCCUCAUUCACUAAUUUACCACAUCCUUAAACACUUACAAUAAGUUAGUUAUUUAUUUUCUAGACUAUAGAUUCCCUAGAAAUAAUUUAUAUGGCAAAACAACGCUUGCUGGGACAGCAAGAUAA